AUGCAAGAAAAGGUAUGCAUAUUAUUGUCUCCUUUUAAUGCCCUUGACGACAACGACGAUAACCACGACAACCACAACAACGGCGACAACGGCAACGAUGAUGAUACAAUGAUGCAUUUAAAAAUCAAUAGUGUUCAGCAAAACUUUUCACCAACAAUUACGGACACACACACACACACACAUACACACACACACAUACACAUACACACAUAA